GGGAGAGCUAACGAGGGGGGCAAGAAGGAGCAAAGAGUGUGCGCUUGUGCGGGGACCAAACUGGAAACUUGAAGGAAAAAACAAUAAGAAGAAAAGCGCAACACGCUCCCCGGUUCCUGAAGACUUUGGAGGCUUUUGGAGCGACCGCCGGCGGGACUUCUCGUGUGGAAAAGCCUUCUCGGAGAGCCUGAAAGUUGUCUGAUUGUUUCCUCCUGUGUGUGGCAGGCAGGCAGGCAGCAGCAGCAGCAGCAGCGGUGCUGUUGCGCCGUGCCGCCGACUGCUCCGGGAUUCAUUGGUUGGAGCAGGAUUGCGCAUUGGCCCUGCUGUGUGUCCACCGCUUCUUUUUUUUUCCAAAGGGAAGAGGAACAAUGAAGUGCUAAACGUCCUUCUCUCUCCAUCUCCGAGCCCUUGUUGCAGAGUUGAAUCCUGCUAAACAGUAUUUUUCAUUUAUUUCAUGAACGGUCUGAGCUGUGCUGCUUCUCCCUUUUCCUGCGUGGCGUUCAUUUUGCUCGUCCUGUGCGGGAUGCGUUGGCUGCUCUGAGGAUCCCGCUUGUUGACAAACAGUUUUUUUUGUUGUUGUUGUUGUUCUACAAGAAGUUUACAACAAGCUUCGGGCCAACGAAGAUAGAAAAUGUCCACACCGAGGUUCAAAAAGGAUAAAGAGAUCAUCGCGGAGUACGAGAGUCAAGUUAAAGAGAUCAGGGCCCAGUUGGUGGAGCAGCAGAAAUGUCUGGACCAGCAGACGGAGAUGCGGGUCCAGCUGUUGCAGGACCUGCAGGACUUCUUCAGGAAGAAGGCAGAGAUUGAAAUGGAAUACUCUAGAAACCUGGAGAAACUGGCCGAGCGCUUCAUGGCAAAAACGCGCAGCACCAAGGAUCACCAGCAGUACAAGAAAGACCAGAACCUGCUGUCACCGGUCAACUGUUGGUACCUGCUGCUGAAUCAAGUCCGGCGGGAGAGCAAGGACCACGCCACUCUGAGCGACAUCUACCUCAACAACGUCAUCAUGAGGUUCAUGCAGAUCAGCGAGGACUCCACACGGCUGCUCAAAAAGAGCAAGGAAAUAGCCUUUCAACUCCAGGAAGACUUAAUGAAAGUCCUGAAUGAGCUGUACACAGUGAUGAAGACCUACCACAUGUACCACUCGGAGAGCAUCAGCGCCGAGAGCAAGCUGAAGGAGGCGGAGAAGCAGGAGGAGAAGCAGAUCGGCAGGGGCGAUCCCGUCUUCAGCAUCCGCAUGGAGGACAAAUAUCAGAGGCGCAGCUCGGUCAAGAAGAUCGAGAAGAUGAAGGAGAAGCGUCAAGCCAAGUACUCCGAGAACAAGCUGAAGUCGAUCAAAGCGCGGAACGAGUACCUGCUGACGCUGGAAGCAACAAACUCAUCUGUCUUCAAAUACUACAUCCACGACCUGUCCGACCUCAUCGAUUGCUGUGAUUUAGGCUACCACGCCAGUCUGAACCGGGCCCUCCGGACCUACCUGUCGGCGGAGUACAACCUGGAGACGUCGCGCCACGAAGGUCUGGACAUCAUCGAAAACGCGGUGGACAGCCUGGACCCGAGGAGCGACCGGCAGCGCUUCAUGGAGAUGUUCCCCACGGCUUUCUGUCCACCCACCAAGUUCGAGUUCCAGGCUCACAUGGGAGACGAGGUGUGUCAGAUCUCGGUGCAGCCGCCGGUGAACGGGGAGCUCAUCCUCAGAUUCCAGCAGCUGCAGUCUCGCCUGGCAACUCUCAAGAUUGAAAACGAAGAGAUAAAGAAGACGUCAGAGGCCACGCUGACCACCAUCCAGGACAUGGUGACCAUCGAAGACUACGACGUGUCCGAGUGUUUCCACCACAGCCGCUCCACCGAAUCGGUCAAGUCCACCGUGUCGGAGACGUACCUCAGCAAACCCAGCAUCGCCAAGAGGAGGGCCAAUCAGCAGGAAACAGAGCAGUUCUACUUCAUGAAAUUCCGUGAGUUUCUGGAGGGCAGCAAUCUCAUCUCCAAACUGCAGGCCAAACACGACUUGCUGAAGAGGACGCUUGGCGAAGGCCACAGAGCUGACUACAUGACCACAAGACAUCCCAACGGGCAGCUCAGAACCCACACUGCCACCCGGCGGGCUAGACCCCGCUCUGUCUUUAAUGUUAGGUUAUUUAAUGGCAAUUUGGAGUCAUUCAUCAAGGACUCCGGACAGGCGAUCCCUCGCGUGGUUGAAAGCUGUAUUCGUUACAUUAAUUUGUACGGCCUUCAACAUCAAGGAAUAUUUCGUGUGUCUGGAUCCCAGCUGGAAGUCAAUGACAUCAAGAACUCGUUUGAAAGAGGAAAUGACCCCCUGACAGACGACGAGAAUAAUCAUGACAUCAACUCAGUGGCUGGCGUUCUCAAACUCUACUUCCGGGGUCUGGAAAAUCCACUUUUCCCCAAAGAGAGGUUUAAUGAUCUGCUCUCAUGCAUCAGAAUAGACAAUCUGUAUGAGAGAGCGCUCUACAUCCGUAAAAUCCUCCUCACCAUUCCCAGAUCCGUUCUCAUCGUGAUGCGCUACCUCUUCGCCUUCCUCAACCACCUGUCCCAGUACAGUGAUGAGAACAUGAUGGAUCCCUACAAUCUGGCCAUAUGCUUCGGUCCCACGCUGAUGCCCACGCCAGACAGCCAGGACCAGGUCUCCUGCCAGGCGCACGUCAAUGAGAUCAUCAAGACCAUCAUCAUCCAUCAUGAGACCAUCUUCCCCGACGCCAAAGAACUGGACGGACCCAUUUAUGAGAAGUGCAUGGCGGGUGGAGACUACUGUGAGAGUCCCUACAGCGAGCAUGGAGCCCUGGAGGAGGUGGACAACGAGGGAGGGACGGAAACACACACCAGCGAGGAUGAGGGCGAGCCCAUUGAAGCGAUUGCCAAGUUCGACUACGUGGGGCGCUCCUCUCGAGAGCUGUCCUUCAAGAAGGGCGCCUCCCUGCUGCUGUACCAGCGAGCGUCCGAGGACUGGUGGGAGGGGCGGCACAACGGCAUCGACGGCCUGGUGCCACACCAGUACAUCGUCGUCCAGGACAUAGAUGACAACUUCUCAGACACUCUGAGUCAGAAGGCCGACAGCGAGGCCAGCAGCGGCCAUGCUGGGGAGGAGAAAUGCUCCGGAAAAGACAUCAGCUCGCCCACUGACGCCAGGAUCUCUGAGGCCUACAUCUCCAGCAGGCAUCGGAAGCGGUCGGACCCUCCGUCCCGGCGGCCCCCCGCCCGCCCCAGCGACGUCCACUGCAUGGUGCACACCUCCCAGCAGGGCCACGGCGGGACCCCGGAGAUGGGCUCGCCCGUCCUGGGCCACUUCAGCCCGCGGGACAUGCUGCGGAGCCGCAACCACAUGCCCAUGGACAGCCCCGAGCGGCGGCGGCGCGCCGGCCACGGCAGCCUCACCAACAUCAGCCGGCACGAGUCGCUGAAGAAGAUGGAGAGCCCCCCGAUCCGGCGCUCCACCUCCUCGGGCCAGUACACGGGCUUCACCGACGCCCACCACCACCACCACCACGGCGGCAAGGCGCUGGACCCGGAGACCAUCGCACAGGACAUAGAGGAAACGAUGAACACUGCUCUGAACGAGCUGCGUGAGCUGGAGCGGCAGAGCUCGGCCAAGCACGCCCCCGACGUGGUGCUGGACACCCUGGAGCAGCGGCAGCCGUCCAGCGGCCCCACGCCGGCCAGCUCCAGCGAGUCCCUCAGCCCCAUCCACGGCGUCAUGCUGAGGCCCACCGCCAACGCCGAGCCGCCCAUCCGCCGCAGCACCAGCGCCUCCAGCGACACCAUGAGCACCUUCAAGCCCGUGGUGGCGCCGCGCAUGGGGGUGCAGCUCAAGCCCCCGGCGCUGAGGCCCAAGCCCAUGGUCCUCCCCAAGUCCAGCCAGGCCCCACAGCCCCCUCCCACGUCUCCUCAGGACCCUCUGGACAAGUCCUGCACCAUGUAACCUCCUUUUUCUUCAUAGAUGAACUAAUAAUUUUAUUUUUUCUGGUCUGCUGAUGAAGUAGCGGCUUUUACUGUGAAAGGGAGAUCUUUUUUGUUUUUUUUAAUCCCCUCAUGAGAUAAAAGUUAUUCAGGAA